AUGUCGUAUCGUGGUACUAAUAAUGGGUUUAAUGGUGUACCUGCAAUGAACCAGCAGCAACAACAACAACAAUCUGGAUUUGAUUAUAAUUCUGCACAGAACAGAGCAUUCAAUGCAGUAAACAAUGGUAGUAACAAUCAUUCUGCUAAUGGUAACAAUGGUUCGUUUAUGACAAAAUUACAAAAAACUUUAGAUCAAAUGAACACUUUUGCUGAAGAUUUAACAGAUAAACCAUUUGUUAAAAAAUUACAACCUUAUAUUCCAGGUUUAGCAAGAUUUUUCAUUGUAGCUACAUUUUAUGAAGAUUCUAUUAGAUUAUUUACUCAAUGGAGUGAUCAAGUAUUUUUCUUACAUAAAUGGAAACAUUAUCCAAGAUGGUUUGUUGUGUGUUUCUUAGUGUUAGUCACAUUAGUAAUGUCUGUAGGUUCAACUUUCUUAGUGUUAAGAAAACAAACCAACUAUGCUACUGCUUCAUUAUGUGCAUGUAUUAUCGUUCAAGGUUUAGUUUAUGGAUUAUUUACAGGUUCUUCAUUCAUUUUAAGAAAUUUCAGUGUCAUUGGUGGGUUAUUAAUCGCUUUCAGUGAUUCUAUUGUACAAAACAAGACAACCUUCGGUAUGUUACCUGAAUUACAAGAUAAAAGUCAAAAAUUUAAAGGUUACUUGUUAUUAGCCGGUAGAAUCUUGAUUGUUUUAAUGUUUGUUGGGUUUGCAUUCUCUAAAUCUUGGUUCACCGUGAUUUUAACCCUAUCUGGUACUGUUUGUUUUGCCAUUGGUUAUAAGACCAAAUUGGCUUCACUAUUACUAGGUUUAAUCUUAGUUGUUUACAAUUUAUCUUUAAACAAUUAUUGGCUGCAUACAGACUCAAAGAGAGAUUUCUUAAGAUACGAAUUUUAUCAAAACUUAAGCAUUAUCGGUGGACUGCUUCUAGUCACCAACACAGGUGCUGGUGAUUACUCCGUCGACAGCAAGAAGAAAAUAUACUAA